GCAAGGCGUACGGGAGGGAGGAGCGCAUUGUACAUGCAAUGAUCGCUGCCAGGCGCUGUGUACUGACAAAUCCCUGCUGCUCCCGCUACUCAGCACAAUGCAUUAAGUGCGCUCUGAGUGCGCCCAGCGCUUCAUUCUCCGCAGCUGUAACUUGCACAGCGACAUGCUGCCCUGGAAGAAAAGCAAAUUCGACCUGAUCGAGGAGGAUCCGAAGCAGGCGAAGCAGAAGGGCUAUGCAGUGAGUCUCAACUACAGCGCCCUCACCUCCUUCGCCAAGUCCUGUCCGGAGGGGGCCCUGACUCGGGUGGGCAGCAUGUUCAAGUCCAAGAGGAAGAAGAUCAAGAUUACGGGGGAAGACCCUACAUACACAGUGCUGUACCUAGGCAACGCUACCACCCUGCAGUCCAAGGGAGAGGGCUGUACGGACCUAGCAGUGAGCAAGAUCUGGAGCAAAAGCGAGAUGGGCAAGCAUGGCACCAAGAUGAAGCUGACCAUCAGCUCGCAGGGUAUCCGCAUGGUGCAUGUGGAAGACAAAGCCAAGCGACCCGGGCACCUGUAUUUGCUGCACCGAGUUACCUAUUGCGUGGCCGACCCCCGGCUGCCCAAGAUAUUUGCCUGGAUCUACCGCCAUGAGAUGAAGCACAAGGCGGUGAUGCUGCGCUGCCAUGCAGUGCUGGUGUCCAAGCCCGAGAAGGCGAAAGCCAUGGCACUGCUGCUGUACCAGACCUCCGCCAACGCCCUGGCUGAGUUUAAGAGGCUGAAAAGGCGAGAGGAUGCCCGGCACCAGCAGCAGCAGCUGAUCGGGGAGCAGAGCAUUCCCCUGGUGCCCAUGAGGAAGCUCCUGAACGGCCAGUGCUGCUAUAAACCCCCUGUGGAGCGGAGCCGGAGCGCUCCCAAGCUGGGCUCCAUCACGGAGGAUCUGCAGGGGGAGGAGGAGGAGGAGAGGGCUAUGAGCUUCGAGUGUGAGGAUGUGCUGGAUACCGGGGGUGGAGGGGAGGGGGGCGAGGAAGAGGAGGAGGAGGUGAAGCGGGAGCUGUCACAGCUCAUCAAUGAUCUCGGGGAGAUGAGCCUGGGCAAUGACUUGCAGACUCUGAAGGCGGACCUGAGGGUAACCAGGCUUCUGUCCGGGGAGAGUACGGGCAGCGAAUCGUCUAUAGAGAGCAACCAGGAUGCUGGCCCCAUCACUAACGGGUUCGAAGAGUGCAGAGAACCAGAGACUGUAUGAGUAGGGCCACAUGGGCCCAGGGACUGUCUCAUACAGACUCACUGUGACCCAUUUAAAGCCAGAGGCUCUGCCCAGAUCAGUGGCACCUGGGGGGAUUCAUUUCUUUCAGCAGGGGUGCCAACCUGGUCCUUUCUUUUCAUCUUCAGAACAGACCACUAACAUGCAGUUUCCAAUAGGUGAUUUAAUUUAAAAUGACCUGGUACCAUAUUUUAUUGAGAUUUGAUUCCCUUGUGGCACCUCUAUCCUACAGGAAAUGCCAUUUGCCAUGGAACUGAAGGAGCCCAUAGAACCUGUGUGAUUGUCAGGAUCCUUAUUGCUGAUAUAGAUUGGGGUUCACCAACUAGCAGCCCUCUGCUUGUAUGAAUUAUACCCAGACUUAAGCUGUUGGGGGUAUCAGGUGGCCAGGCAUCCUUGAGUAGCUAUAAUGCCUUGCACUUAAUGUAAUUUUGUUAAAAUGAAUGCUGAAUUAUGAAACUUGAGGUGGUGGAGAGGAAAGGGAGCACCAGUGGAAUACAUGCUGACAACAGUAUGGGUGUAUGCAAGGGAUCUAUUUAUAAUGGGGAGGGGGCAAGGUGAAUGCCAUGAAAAUAGAAACCAGGUUCCGUUACUGGCCAGUAACAGAUUUGUGAUGUUAGUGAGUGUCAGAUGACUGUACAUUGCACUGUGUUGCAUAUGUUUCUGACACUCUGGUUUAACUACCCUUUGUAGCAGUGAAUGUGUUGAGGUGAAUUAAUGUGUAAGCCCCUAUGUCUUACAGAAUAUAGAGUCUUUAUCUAUGGGAAAAAUCUAAUUAUAAUAUCACCCAAAGCUAUUACAUGUAGUAAAAACUGGUUCACUGCUAUAGAUUCCAGGGUCACAGGGGCCAAAGGGCGAAGAGACAAUCCUGCACAGAUGUCUCCAAGAGCUUAUGCAAAUAAAUAAGGUUUAGAGGAGUACUCUUAGCAAAUUGUCUCUUCACCUUAUGAUCAAUAUACCCCUGACUAGUGUGGUGAAGAUGCAGAGGAUUUGUGGAAGUGAUUAUAAGAUGUACAUGGCUUACAUCUCCUAGUAAGGAAUGUGUUACAGCAAAGUCAUGGAUAACUCAGAUGGUGUGUGCAAUAAUUAUUUUGGGGCCUAAUGCAAGUUGUUUGAACCUGUGGUGCUUAUUCACCAGAGAGCAGUAUUAUUUCUAGCACAUCCUAUAAUUACUGUAAUGAAACCUUGUUUCAGAAAAAAAUGCCCUAAGACCUAGCUUGUGUUACAGGCUAGAGCAGAGCAGACUUGCUACUUGGGGCAUUAUGAACCUAUAUAGUAUAACUACUUUUAUAAUUGCCCAACCUAGUUAUUUAGUUAAUGGAUUUGGCAGGGCUGAGGGCUUAACGUAAACAGCCUUGUGUUUUAUUGAGGAUCUUUGUGCCAUUCUUUUGAAAGAAACCCCAAGGCUAGAUGGGAUUAAGACUAGCUUUAUAUGCCUAGACAGAGUACCCAAGGCAUACACGCACAUGUAAGCACUUUCUUUAGGGUUCGGCUGCUCACACAAAUAGGAAAAGUGGGCUGCAAAUUACAAUCACAUGGGAUAAUGUGAGAUUUUAAGUGCAAUGGCAGGGAGAAUAGGCAGUGCCACUUGUAGAUAUACUGAUUUUGCACACUUCUUUCUGUGCUAAGGUUAGUGGCAAUAGCUUUCUUUUGGCAACACACACUCCAAUAUCUUUUUCUAAUAUCUUGUAUCUGGGACAUUGGUGUACAUGUAACGGUGGUAUGUUAUAGCACUGGAAUGGCCAGACUCUUUCAUUGUUUAGGUAAACCCUUAGCCAUUGGGGAAAGUUCACUGAGAUUCAUGCAGUGUAGAGGUUUAACAGCAUACAGUGGAGCACCCAUGUAGCAAUACAUGCACUCACUAUGGUGAAUGGUACAAUUAGAGCUAACUAAGUAAAAGUGGGCUUGUGUCACUGUACUGAUGGUAUCCCAUCACAUGGUUUCUGAUUGUGAUCUAUUAUCCAUUUAGCAGUGCUGACUAUACAUCAUUACCUAUUCAAUAUCUCUGCAGUAAUCUACAGAAUUGAUGUCCAUGCCUUAAACUUGUAUUUUAUAGUACUAUCCAUCUAAUUGCACUUUCUAUCUUCUCAUUUGCUACUAAACCUCAUUCCAGUCAUAAAUAGGCUUUGCAAGUCCACACCUUGGCCCUUUAGGCUUCUAAGACUGCAGUAGUUGGGGAGUCGCAGGUUGCACAUCCCCUUUCUAACUUUAUUCCCCCUCAUUUAUUUGGAUGGGUAAAUGUAGUGUGAUUACUGAUAUGACAGUGUUUCCCUAGAAGUCAUAUUAUGUAUAGUAAGGGUUGAAAUUAACAGCACAAUAAGGCAACACAUUGAGAGAGGGUGGCAAAUCCUGAUUGGCGGAUUUUAUACAUUCAAACACUACGACUGGCCAUACGUUUUACUUCCAAAACAAGCUGCAGUACAUGUGCCUGCAUUGGUGCCAUUGUGCCCUGUAAUGCAUUGCAAAUGUCAGGGGAAAAAGUCAAUGUUUCCAUUCACAUGCACAGGCUUGGGAUCUAUCUUUAUACCUCAGAAAAGCACCAUCUAACAGCCAAUACUCCACUUGUAAAUCACCCUGGAGAAUCUGGUACCUUAUUAUGUUUACACUUUGUUUUUGGAACCAGCCCAAAGGGAUCACUUCCUGUUUCGGUCUCAUGACAUUCCAUGAUAUUUUUUUUUUUUUAAUACUUGCACUGUUGUGAAGUACUUUGCCAGUGUUUCAUAAAUGUAAAUAGAUAUAUUUUUUUGUACAUAAAUCACAUAAAUAUAAAUGUUAUCUUUGCUGUGCAAAAGAAAAAUUGUUGUUGUUCACCUGUAAAUAUUUUGUGUAUAUAAUUUCUUUUUGUUACUUUUUAAAGGACAUCACUGUUCUGAUGUUUGUUUGCACACAUGGAAAAUAAAAUAAAUUAAUAUAAA